AACUCACGACUGAAUUAUGAAUUAUCAUGACUCAAUUUUUAAAUACUAGAGACAUGAUACCAAAAAAGAAAAAGUGUCAAUGGCAUGAAGAACACACAUCAGUUCAACACUCAUUGAGUCUUUAAGCAACACUAUAAAAAGACAUAUAAACAUAUAAUAUGCACACACCAAAGCAAGCAAGCAAGCAAGCAUAUAAUAUUGCUCAAGAGAAGCUCACUCCGAUUUGUAUCCACCAACCAACAGGAAAAACAAUAUUAUGGCACAUGCUAAUUCUUCUUCUGCCGCUGCUUUAUCUGAAACCGAAAAUGAGAUGGUGAAACUGAAACACAUAAUCGACAUUGAAGUCUUAGAAGAAUUAAGCUUAGCAGAAUGUAGCAUCUACAAAGUUCCUCCAAAUCUUCGAAAAGUGAAACAAGAAGCUUACACUCCUCAAUUAAUCUCAAUUGGUCCAAUUCACCAUGGCAAACAAGAACUUCAAUCAAUGCAACAACACAAAAAAAGGUACUUCCAUUUCUUUUUCGAGCGUCUAACGCAAUUCAAUCAACAAUCAACGAUCAAGAAUUACAAAACUUAUCUCGAAAACAAAGAACAAAAAAUAAGAAACUCUUAUGCGGAGAAAUUUCCAAACAUCAGUAAAGAGAAAUUUGUGGAAACAAUUUUGUUGGAUGCUGUUUUCAUCAUGGAACUUUUGUUAAGAAACAGUUCAUGGAAAUCAGAUAAAUCGAAACAUGAACAUGAAUAUGUUGAAUCCAAGUCGUUUCGAUGGAAACAUAGUGAUGAUUACAUUCUCACACAAGCUUGGUUGAGUAAAAGUAUCACAAGGGAUUUGAUUUUGUUGGAAAAUCAAAUACCUUUUUUCGUGUUGACGAAUCUUUAUGAUACUGUUGUCCCUGAAGAAGAUAAAAAACUUGAACAUGAAAGAUUUCUUGAUCUUGCACUUGAGUAUUUUGCAUUCUAUGAUACUCAAAAAUCGUCUUCGCGUGAAACUAAGCUUGUUUUGGAUAAGAAUCAAACCAAGCAAUACUAUUUUGUGAGUGGUAUACUUGGUGAUGUUAGUAGUGGUCAUUCAGUUUCGAAGAAAAAAAAUUCCGAAAAAUCUAUCGGCAAUAACCAUAGGAAUCAAGAUCCUAAGCAUUUCACUGAUUUGAUUAGGUUUUUUUACCUUCCAUCUGAUUUAGGAAAAAGUGGUUGUGCUCAUAAUUUACCAAGAACGGUAACAAAGUUAAUGGACUCCGGUGUGAGUUUCGAGAAAGUUGUCGAGAGAAGAUUACUCGAUAUAUCAUUCGAGAAAAAACCAUUUUUAAGUUAUUUUCUCUGCUUAGGUUGUUUACCUUCAUUUUCAUGUUUGAACCAUUUCAAAGCGCGUCUCAGAAUUCCGCAGUUGAAAGUUGACCACACAACAGAAUGUGUUUUACGGAACCUAAUUGCGCUCGAACAAUGUCAAUAUCAAGAACAACCUUAUAUAUGCAAUUAUGUCUCACUUGUUGAUUCUCUUAUACAUACACAAGUGGAUGUUGAUUUUUUGGUUGAGAAAGAAGUGAUUGUGCAUGAAAUGGGAAGUGAUAAAGAAGUGGCAAUGCUUGUUAAUGGUCUUUGUAAACAUGUUGUGGUGAAUUCAACAUGUUACUAUGAGAUUAUUAAUGAGCUUAAUAAACAUUAUCAAAAUAUUUGGAACCGUACUAUGGCUGCAUUGUGGUUGGUUUAUUUUAGAGAUGCUUGGAGAGCAAGUUCUACUUUGGUUGGGCUUGCAUUUCUUGUUUACACUGCAUUCAACUUUGUUCGUCUUGCAAAAAUUAUCUUCUAGUAGAAAGUUGAAAAUGUGUAAUUCAUAGUUUGGAUUAUAUCAUAACUAGAUUUGUGUUUGUUAUGUGUAGCAUGUUUAAUGCAUCUAUAUGGAUCAAUGAAUAAACAGUACGUAUCAAUGUGUCAUCAUGUAAUGUAAUGUAAGUUUUAAAUUUUGUAAUAUUUUUGGCACUACAUAAUGCAUUCACAUGUUUUGUAA